AAAGUACUUUUGUUUAGAAGAAGUCCAGUAUCCACCUUAUUUACUUCAUCGUUUAAUUACCGGUCAGGUCAUUUGGCCAGGUCCGAACACCACUUCGAUCGUAAUCCAAUGUGCGGACACUAGAAUUAGUGGAAUCCGUGUUUCUUGAACCCAUGAGGCUCCUAUCUUCUGGAGCUUAUCGUGCGAAUCACUCAACACAGCCACAGUAUUCUCUCUCUCAUAAAAAGCAGUUUAGAAAAACUGGUGUUUUCCUUUUCGUAAUGAAACAACGUCCCGUGUUUACACACGCACUUCCAACCGGUCAGUUUCCCGAUUCCAUUCGACUGUUCGAAUGUCGUGGUUUCCUAGACGACCAGACACGUCCAAGUAAAACGAACGGGUGUCUAAGAAGAGAGAUGAGCUAGUCAGCUGGCAAACGCUUUACAUUAUCACCGACAUAACAUAUCAAUAGUUGGAGUGCCCUAAUAAUGUGAGCGGCACAAAAGAGCCAAGUGCUUAAUAAGUGGCUGAAGAGGGAUGGUGCUAUAACACGGUGACGAUGUUCACAGUAUCGGACGGUGCAGGCUGAAUGGCUCAUUGUUGACACUAACGCAUAUGACGAAACUUCAACCAAAUUUGAGCCGAUUGAAGAACUUGUUGCAAGACCUGUAGACUUGCGCAGUGACCAAUUCCUGUUCACAAUGAUUUAAGCUAGUUUUACGCCGCAGCGAAACAGCGAAGCGGAACAAGCGUUUAUUGAAUGUCGAUGGCAGUCACGUGCGUCAGUGUGCCCUAAAUCCUGACAGUCUAAAAUAACGGUUCGUAUUGUAACUAGGUGGGCGUUAACGAUAUUCGGUGAAAAGAGACCGGCAAGGUCAAACAAAGCAAAAAGAAAAACGCCGAUAUCAGUGCAAAAUGGAGGAUGCGGACAGAAUUAUCGUUGAGCACUUGCAGCAAGUGAGAUGCAACUUCGAAGUUAAAAGUCUGAAAGAUUUUGAGGCUGACAAAACUCUGGAAGCCGUAAUCAAGUUGCUAAAGGCCAUAAUACCGGAUUUUUCAGCUCCGACCUCUGUGCCCCAUAAUAUGGUGGCCAAAUACAACAUUGGAAUGAAACUCGCCGAUGCUAUCGUUUCAUUAGGCUUCAAGGGCGAACUAGGUUAUCAGUCUUUCUUGUACUCGAACGAAGUUGAACUUAGACGAAUAUUUAGCUUCUUAAUUGAGAAGUUACCUAAAGAUGAAAAAGCAUCGCCCGUGCAAACAACAGGUUUCACAUUUAAAAAGGCGUUUGCCUCAGCGCUCAGGGUUGAGCUAGAAAAGCCUUGGUUGCCGCCGUACGCUCGUAGCGAGAGUGUCAAACGGCCAUUUAGACCAGUAUCGAUAGAUUUAACAACUGACGUCGUCGAAAUUGCAGAUCGACACACGUUGAUUGCUAGUAUACUCCAAGCAAAUGCAUCACUUCGUGCAAAGAUUUCGAGACCGAGUCACGAAGAGUUUUCUCGGAUAGUUGAGAUGGUUCAAGAAAAAAAGGCCGCCUCACCGUCGCUGCAAAAGGAAUUUCCGAUGGCUGAAGAUGCACGAGAGGACGUAAUGGAGCAGGAAGAACCUAAAGCCGUUGAGGCUGACGUGUCUGCGCUGGACGAGUUGUACGCUAUGGAACAGCGUAGUGUCCAACUUAGUGAAGAACUAGAAGUAGCCGACCAAGAGGUGGAAAAAAUGAUGAACGAAAUGAUCAAUGCUCAGGUGGCGUUGGAGGAAUUUGAAUCGGUUCUAGAAAAGGAGAGGCAGUCAAGUAAAAUUCGGUUGAAAGCCAGUGAACUUAUCGACGAGCAUGGUCCUGAAGGUGCCGUAAAGUUCUGUACGAGCUAUCUGGAGAACUUACAGGCAAAAUCCUCAAAAUUAGCAAUGGAAUGGGAAGAGCAUCGCCAGCCAAUGAUUGAGAAGUUGAGGCGGUUACGUCAAGAGAAUUCGGCCAAGUGGAGUGCACAGCGAAAUAAACGGGAACGAAUAGAACGUUUAGAGCGCCAGCGGCAGCGGAUGGUGCAGGAAUACUCAUUGAAAAAAGUAUUGGUCAAGCAACUUGAAGCUGAAUGGGAUAAACUCAGUCAGAAGGAUGCAAACGUGACCCAGUGCAGCCAAUACCUGUCGCGUAUUCACGAAAUUGUCGCUAGCGUGGCCCGACAGCGAGAAGACAUCGAGAAAGUCCUCUUAGAAAAUCGGAAACAACAGCGGGAAAUGAAUUUGUUAUCGGACCGAUUGGAGAGAACGUUUGCUGCUGCUGAAAUAUUUUUUAAUCGGCAAUCGGCGAAAAUCGAGGAUGCCAAGAAGGUCCACCAAAAUAUUACCGAAAUUCAUAGGGACUGUAAAAGUAUUUUCGAAGCCGUUGAAAGUAACGGUAUAAUUCAAAGGGAAAUUCGUGACUUAGAAGAGAGAAUCGACAAAGAAAAAGAAUCUAAGGUAGUUGAGAAUCUGGCCAGAAUUUCAGCGGACUUUAAUCAAAUGAAGAUGGAAAACGACGCCAUUGAAACAGAGCUGACGAAAAAAGGCAUCAUUAUCGCACAUAUUUAGUGUAGAUUGUGUGACUUGUCGGGUAUCAUAAGGAAACGAUAUUAUCGAUAACUAGACAAACAGAUUGAUACCAAAUGCUGACAAAUUGAUUCUAGAUGUGAAACAAUUCACAACGAACGAAUAAAACAAACAAAUGUAGUACUCUUUCGUCGUGUUUACUCUUGUUACGGACGAGUGCGUAAACGGCUGAUAAACUUAACUCCUAAUGUCAACUUAGGACGGGACAACGGCGAGGAAAUAUUGUGCAGGUAGUCCUUACAACCAUUUGCUGAUGAGCACUUUACCACCUCUCAAUCUAUGUUUGCUAAGCCCGUGAACGGAGCGACUGACUAUUGCGUUGAGAUUAGUUUAUUAUAAUUAUGGUUGUUUACGCUUUCAAGCGAUCAAAAAGUGAUUCUACUUAGCACCUUUAGGCUACAGACUGAUUAAAGUGUAGCCCUAAACGUAUGGCACCAUCGAACCUGAAAGGAACCUAGAAUAUUAGCGUCCAUUUAAGCUAACGAGUGGCUAGAGCAUAGAAUAAACAUAGCUCUUGUCCCUCUUGGUGGAGGAACGGUCGUAUUCUGUAUAUUUAAGAUGCGACUUUUCUACCAUGUUCACUACCAUUCAAAACUUCAGUUACCAUUUAUUGAACAAAUAUAAAAAGGCAAAAGCAAAUUAGUUGUUUUUAUGUAACAUUCCUAGGUUAAGGUCGGUUUCACAUUUUUUUGUUAUAUGUAUGUACAAGCAACGAUUUAGGAUAUGAAAACACUUUUCAGAAUGAAAUUGUCUCGAGUGACCUUUCAAAGAAAACGCUUAUGAAUACGAGCACUCAACUUGCGGUCUUGCUUUCAAUCGGUCAGCUUGGCGGAAACAUAGCUCGAACGACUCAAAAGAUGACUGCAUCCCGCAUAUCAUACAAGUAUACUGGUCAAGGUUAUCGUAUGAUCAGCAUCUUUACAGAGCUGCUACUACCCGAAAUACCAUUCUUCGAUUUGAAAAUUAAGGAAAGAAAGCGCCUGUGGGACAAAGGCGCCAGGUCUACAGCUAUAAAACCGGCGGGAAGGGACAAUCACUGUGGAAGAAAGGCAAAGAGGACGGACCACCAUCCCAAGAGGCAACCCUAAAUCGCCAGUAGGGACCUCAUUAGACACCGAGACGUGACAGGAUUGUUCGGGCAGGAAAAGCAAUCACUUUUUGACCCAAGUCAUAACAAAUCACUGCAACUGUCAAAGCUACUUUUCCAGAAGCGGCAAGGCUCCUUUGGAAAUUUGCGUUCAUUGUGACCUGGGGGUCGGUGACUAUCCAGCACACAUCUUACUAGCCUGUCGGGCACUUGAAGGAGCGAGAAACGCAGCAAAAGUGUAGACAAGAAGGGGUCAAGGUUAGGUCCCGAAAGGCAGUAUCCCACCAGUGGUCCCGAGCGAGGGCAUACAACAAUUUGCAGACUUUAUAGACCACACCACGGGGAGCUGAGAAACUAGCUCAGCAUUCGCAGCAGAGGCAUUUAAAGAGGAAGGACAUCUCGAACAGCCAAGGAGAGCCAGAUUUGAAGCAGAUGAUACAGGUUCAGACUAGACAUAGUCGCUAGCGGAGAUGAAAAGUGUAGAAGGUGACUCCGGAUGAAUUGAUCCUUUUUCAUCGGUCCAUACUCUUGUUCAUGAGGAUUCAGACUUGGAUAGGAGUUCUUAUGUAAGUGAAACAAAAAGUAGUUCGCAAAAAUGGAUCUCACGCUUUCUGACAACGCUGUAUUGAUGGGGGUAGGCCGUCUGCCGUUACCGAGUUCCUAGCUUAUGGUUCUAUAUAAAUAUUAAACCAGCCAACCCUGGCUGCAGCCGUUUGUAAUCUGGUCGCCGAUCAAAUCGUCCGUUGUGUCCGUAUAAUUUUCCUAAUUCAAAGUCUACCAUUGUCACAUACAAUACGACAAGUGUAAUUAAAUAAAAGCAA